CGGAAGAUGGUUCGCAGUAGUUCUUUUUGAUAGUAGUGGAGAAAUUCGGGCAACGGCUUUCGAACAACAAGUUGAUGAUUUUUAUGAUAAACUACAAGUGGGAAAAUUAUACACAAUUUCGAAAGCAAGAAUCAAUAUGGCCAACAAAAAAUUUUCGACAGUCAAAAAUGAUUACGAACUGAUUUUUGGAAGAGAAACUAUAAUUACAGAGGUUCUUAAUAAGGAUCCUCACGUAUUUAUUCCAUUCAAUUUCGUUCAAAUCGCCGAUUUAUUUGAAUAUGAAAAAGAUGACAUAAUCGAUCUUAUAGGCAUCGUUAUUGAUGUUAGCGAUAUUCAGGAAAUAACGACUAGAACCACACGGAAAAAUGUCAAUAAACGUAGCAUUAUAAUUGGUGAUCAAAGUAAAUAUCAGGUUGCAUUAACUUUGUGGAGUUUACAAGCCGAAAAAUUCGACAGUUCUAUUGCAAAUCAUAUAAUCGCAUGCAAGAAUGUACGUGUAGGAGAUUUUAAUGGAAGGAGUCUUACAGCGAUAUUUGAUAGCACAAUCAUAAUUGAUCCUAAUAUUCAAGAAACGAAGGAAUUACGCGAUUGGUAUAACUCCGAUGGAAUGUAUUCAAAAUUUACCUCUUUGAAUAUAUCAAGUUCUAGAGUGCAAUACGUAGAUGACAUCAAAACGUUAGAACAAGUUAAAUACGAAAGACUUGGUCAAAGCAGUAAUUUUGAUUAUUUUUCAAUACUGGUAACCGUUUUGAAUGUAAAAAAAGGCACUAUUUCAUACCCAGCCUGCCCUACAUGCAGUAAAAAAGUUAUUGAAGACAACAGUGAAUGGCGAUGCGUGAAAUGUAUGCAGUCUUAUCCUGAACCCGAAUAUAAAUAUAUAAUUACGGCAAAUGUUGCGGACUCUACUGACAGUGUGAUGUUAAAAUUAUUUAAUGAGCCUGCAGUUAGUAUUAUGAAGCGCGAAGCAAAAGAACUUGUCCGACUGGAGCAUGAGGAUGAAGAUCUUUAUGAUGCCUGCUUUGAAGAGGCGCGCUUUAAAUCUUACAUUAUCAAAUGUCGCGCAAAAAGUGAAACAUAUACAGAGCGAAGCACGAAGGUAGAACGAAGCACAAUUAGAUACUACGCAAUGUCAGUAAUUCCAAUUGAUCACGUUGGUCGUAUAAAGAAACUAUACCAACUAAUCACUGAGAUGGAGGAUAGUUUUUUGUCAUAA